UGGUCGCAAUGUUGAGAGCUGCGUCACGGAUACCCACCUCCCUGCCGGUGUCGCUUCAGGCCCGGACAUACGCUAUCUCGCUCAGACCUCCGGUGGUCUACCCGCGGAUGAAGGACACCCCUCGAGUCUACGCGGAGCGUAAGACGUACCUCUACAACCAAUACACCCGUCUCCUCCAGGGCACGUCCACCGCACCUCUGCUCCUCUUCGAGCAUUCCGACUUCUCUGCGACACGCCUCAUCCAGCUGCGCGCAGACAUUGCGGCCGCGGUGACGAAGCAUGCUGGCACUGUCGCUCCUUCACUCUCGUCCCCGACUCCCUCACCGCCCCCUACUAUCCCCACGUUCACCGUCCUCCGGACAUCCCUCUUCGGUGUCGCAUUGCGCGAAAUGAACAAUUUCGACGACGCCACGCGCAAAGAGAUCGCCAAGACCGUCACGGGCUCUCUCGCGGUACUCUCCUUCCCCGAGCUCAACCCCCCACAGCUCAAGGCCGUCCUCCGCGUACUGGCACGUUCUGUGCCCCCGCGCAAGCCGAAGACCCCAGAACAACUCGAGGAGGAGAAGAAGGCGGUGGAGGCGGCGUUCGUCCCUGGCCGGAGACCGAAGCGGCAGAAGCCUACGCCCGUGCCCGACCUGAAGCUGCUGGGUGCGCUCAUCGAGGGACGGCUGUUCAAGGCGGAGGGUGUGCGGAGCGUGGCGGAGCUGCCGACACUGGAUGCGUUGAGGGCGCAGAUCGUUGGGCUCUUGAGCGCACCGGCCGCUCAGCUGUCUAUGGUGCUGAGCGAGGCGAGUGGAGGGAAAUUGAAGAGGACGCUGGAAGGGUUCAAAAAGAGCUUGGAGGAGCCUGAGGGACAGGCUCAGGAUGGUCAGACUCCUCCGCCAUGAUGGGCAUAUAGAGGCCCUGCUCCUUUGUAUUGCAUAUAUUCGUCUAAUACGGCACACUAUCUGCUUUCCAUCGUCUUGUGAAAAGCAACACGGUGGGUCGUGCGCCCAGCGAAGAAAGGUCCCG